AACUUGCAGCGGUUCGGCGCGAAUAUCUUCAAAUUCAAAAUUAGAAAGUACCGCUAACAAAGCCUUGCGAGUCGUUUACCUUCCUACCUUGAGCACUACCGACUGUACCACUCGCGUCUCGCGGUUCCUGUUGACCAUUUAGUACCGUUGUCUGCGUCGUCGAAAGCACAAGAAGUGUCAGACUUUCAAGGAAUCGCUCGCGGUUUCAGCGUGAAACAAACUUGAAGCUCCUAUCUGUCAACCGCGAUCAAUGUUUCAACAAACUGAGUAUCACUCCUCCAAAGUGUUGCAUUUUCACCUGUCGUCAGUCUUAAAUGAUUAAGUUUCGACAGCCUAUCGACCAUGUUCACCAGCUCCGUCCGCCUCCCUUUGCUGCUCAUCCUGCUGCUCCUCGAAUUGGUAAUGGCUGAGUACAUCCCACCAGGACCUUCCUAUAGGUGUCCGAAAGACAAACUACUACUGCAUCCGUGCACGUGCGAUGUCGAAUCCGACUUCGGGAUCAGUGUCAGUUGCAAUAACACCAAUCUAGCCAGCAUGAGUAUCGGCCUGAACAAUCUGGCUACGUUUAGGUUGCCUAUCGAAAGGCUCACUAUCUACAGGUGUCAUUUCACUCGACUGUAUGGUAGUCUGUUCCACAAGUUAAUCUUGAAGGUGCUGCAUAUACUCGAUACUCCGAUAGAGGCCGUAGAAGAGCAUACUUUUCUUGGAAUCAACUACACUCUCAACGAGCUGUACAUAAGGAAUUCCAAAUUGAAGCAAUUUCCUGUUUCGGCUGUCAAGAUACUUGGCAACCUAACAGUCCUCAACAUAGAGAGCCAUCAAAUAACAGAGUUGCCAAAAGACUCGUUCGCCCUCUCUGACAUGGCAGGCACACUGAUGAGGUUCCACUUGACAGGCGGAAACCUCACUGCUCCUCCUCCCGAAGCCCUUCAGCCUUUGAGGAGGUUAAGGACUCUCGACUUGCACGGUAAUCAGAUUGCCGAGUUGAAAAGGAACCAAUUUAAGGGACUGAGGGACGUCGAAGUGCUGGAUCUUAGUUACAACGAGAUACCUAAAGUAGAUGCAAGUCACUUAGGAGAUCUCACCAAGAUGACGUGGUUCAACGUAUCUAACAAUCGUCUGACAGAAAUAACUAGGGGUGCGUUUGCAAGGAACACUGUCUUGAGGGUACUGAACAUGUCAGGAAACCGCAUCAAAAGACUGGAUCAGAAUUCGUUUAGGGGCAUGCGGUUUUUGAGAAGAUUGUACUUAUCUGACAACCAAAUAACAGAUGUAGGAAGAGGUACUUUCGGAACAUUGAAAAGGAUUGGAACUAUAGACCUGGCGCGUAAUGCUUUGAAGAAGAUUGACUAUCAGAUGUUUUAUCAACUAAAUUUCAUCGAGAUCUUGGACGUUUCCGAAAAUCAAGUGACAGAAAUUCAAAAAUUAGCCUUCAAGGAUCUCUAUUUAACGCACAUCGACUUAUCGAAAAACAAAAUACAUAAAAUAGAAAGCGGCGCUUUCGAAAACUGCGCUAACAUAACAAAGCUGGAUCUGUCUUUCAACCAAAUUGCAGCUUUGCCAAAGAAAGCAUUCGACGAAACCACAUAUGCCACGGAAUUGCAGCUUUCAUACAACUUGUUUGAAAAUAUGACACAGAUUCCACUACACAACAUGACGGGAAUCAAAGUGCUUAACGUAUCGCACAACCUGAUAACCACCGUCCCAAGAAAAACAUUUCCCAAGUUGUACGAACUCCACACGAUCGAUUUAUCGUACAACAAACUCACUGAUAUCUUUAACUCCGUCUUCCAAACGUUAUUCUCACUGCGGUACCUCAACCUGAGUCAUAACAGCUUGGAGAUGAUCAAACCAAGCACGUUUGGAGCAGUACCUACUCUUUUGGAGCUCGACAUGAGCUACAACAACAUCGACAGUAUCGUAAGGAGUGCUUUCACCAGAUUAUCCGGUACCAGAACACUAAAUCUACGAGGAAACAGACUGUCGUCAUUGUUCCAACUACCAAUAUCAGUAUCUCAUUUAGAUUUGUCUCACAACAAUUUCGACGUAAUUCCUCCGAAGAUGUGGCCCUCGAUGAAUUCGCUUCUGAGUUUGGACUUGAGUUACAACAAUUUGGGAGAUGGGUUUGAAGAUGGCAGUUUCUCUAGUUUGUUAACGUUGCAAAGGUUAAACUUGAACUAUAACGGUAUCAGGGAACCUCCAUGGGUGGCGUUGAGCGAGCUCACUUCUCUGCAGUAUCUUUAUAUGGAGGGUAACAAGCUGAGAAAGUUGAGCAGGAAUGCAUUCGGGAAACUUCCUGUAAUAUUUGAGUUGAACCUUGCGAAUAACAAUAUCCGUAACAUCAGCAGCAGAGCUUUUGAGGGGCUAUUACAGAUUCUUAAUUUGAACUUGACGAAUAAUAAUAUAACACAUGUACCUAAUGGAGCUUUCCAAGGAUUGGUGGCUCUACAAAAGCUCGAUUUAUCUCACAAUAGAAUAUCUAAGCUGGAUAAUAAAACCAAUAGCAUAUUUGAAGACCUAUUGUCACUUGAGAAGUUGAACUUAAGCCACAACAAGAUAACCUUCCUAUCGCGAAAAUCAUUUCCAAGCAAUCCUUAUAUCCCGUACAAGCUCACGGAAAUAGACCUAUCUUACAAUCUCAUGCCUGUUUUGACGAUGGAUAUCACCAUUGGUACUGGCAAACUCGAGAAGCUGAAUUUAUCGCACAAUGCAAUAGUCGAUAUCAGAGCAGGUGUCAUUGGUAACUUAACAAGACUGAAAAUCUUGGAUCUCUCCCACAACAAGCUGCACGACCUAAACGGCGAAGACAUAUUCAAUCUUCCGGACAAUGUAAGCGAAGUCUAUUUAGGAUACAAUUCGCUUAUGAAUCUUCCAUGGCAGCAUGUCACAUGUCUAAAGAAUCUGAAGGUUUUGGAUUUAAAAUACAACUCAUUCGAAAACUUUAGCCCGGAGCUGACAAAACUCGUUAUGGAAGACAAGAACGUGUACUUUGAAGGAAAUAACCUCAGAUGUGACUGUUUCCUCCGACCGCUGUCACGUCACUUAAAAUCUCAAAUGGAUCUGAAAGAUUUCUACAAGGCAAUUAAAUGCAGCAGUCCGCAAUACUUGGCAGAUCAAAACAUGUUCCAGAUACCGGAAGAAAGGCUAAAUUGUCCGGUGAAUGUUAACACUUCACAGUUGCUGGAGAGUAACCCGGAUGAUUACGAUAUUUUAACCGACCUAAGUUUCAGAGAACUUACUGCGAGAAGAGGAGUCUACAAGGUCCGUUGGCGUGUGAUGAAACAAAACGACAUCGCUGACAUUGACGUUUUCGUCAGAGACAUCCAAAACCCGAUUAACAUCGUCUACCAAACGACAGUCCCUUACAACAAGAGGGUGGUUGAAAUUGAUAGCACCAAAGACUUCGAUAACAGCAACAUGAAAGCGGGAUCUACCUAUCAACUAUGCUUGUUGGCCAAAAAUAGUAAUAAUACCGUCAGGAAAUUUUAUGAGAAACAGUGUCGGACGCUGGAUAUGGUAGUGACAUCUGGAGCUCAGUGUCUGGGGUCCGUCGGCGUUAUGAAUAGCAUAAUGGUUGUGAUUUUUGUUAGAUUUUUUGUUUUGUAAAUAUUUGUAAAUAUAGAUUUUAGUUAAUGUUAAUCUUGUCCGUUUUUAUCAUGUGAACGACCAAGAUUUUAUCGCUUCACUACUGUGGAAGUUUCUCCUGACUACAAGACCUCAAGACCGAUCUAAUCUUAAACGUUUUUAAAUUGGGUAAAAUAAAAGGC